ACAACCCCAGAUGCGGCUUCCCUGGCUGCUGGGACAGUCGCCCCUGGCACCUGGGGGUCGCCUGGGCUGUUGCUGGGCGGGAGGUGGCCAGGAGGACACUGGCCUGAGCCUGCGCUGGAUCCAGAGCCCUGUGUUGCUCUGAGCUGGGAUCUGGGAUCAGCUGCAGAGCUGGGGGCUGCCUGGGGCUUUGAGGAUUCAGACCCCCCCCCCUUUUUAAAUAGCAUUUUCUAGAAGUUUGGCCAAACAAACUUUUGGUGUCCAUUGCUUCAGUGGAGCCUGGAUUCCUGUCUCCCCCCGGGAGGUGGCCUGGGGGCGCUGAGGGGCAAGCUGAUCCCCCCCUUCCCCUUUCAAAGGCGGUUUUGAUGUUCUCCAUCCAGGAGGGUCUCCCCAGAGGAGGGCUGACCAUGAAAGAAGAACCCUUGACCAGUGGACUGACAUCCGUAAGGUCCUGGAUGCAAAGCACUGGGAUCCUGGAUGCCAACACCGCAGCCCAGAGCGGGGUGGGCCUGGCCCGCGCCCAUUUCGAGAAGCAGCCGCCCUCCAACCUGCGGAAAUCCAACUUCUUCCACUUCGUGCUGGCCAUGUACGACCGGCAGGGGCAGCCCGUGGAGAUCGAGCGCACCUCCUUCAUCGACUUCGUGGAGAAGGAUAGGGAGCAGAACGGUGAGAAAACCAACAACGGCAUCCACUAUCGCCUACAACUGCUGUACAGCAAUGGGCUGCGGACGGAGCAGGAUCUCUACGUGCGGCUCAUCGACUCCAUGUCCAAGCAGGCCAUCAUCUACGAGGGGCAGGACAAAAACCCCGAGAUGUGCCGCGUGCUGCUGACCCACGAGAUCAUGUGCAGCCGCUGCUGUGACAAGAAGAGCUGCGGGAACCGCAACGAGACGCCCUCCGACCCCGUCAUCAUCGACAGGUUUUUCCUCAAGUUCUUCCUCAAGUGCAACCAGAACUGCCUGAAGAACGCGGGGAACCCCCGGGACAUGCGCCGCUUCCAGGUGGUGGUGUCAACGACGGUGAACGUGGACGGGCACGUCCUGGCGGUGUCCGAUAACAUGUUCGUCCACAACAACUCGAAGCACGGGCGCCGGGCGCGACGGCUGGACCCCUCCGAAGCAGCCACCCCCUGCAUCAAAGCCAUCAGCCCCAGCGAAGGGUGGACGACGGGCGGCGCCACCGUCAUCGUCAUCGGCGACAACUUCUUUGACGGGCUGCAGGUCGUCUUCGGCACCAUGCUGGUGUGGAGCGAGCUGAUCACCCCUCACGCCAUCCGGGUGCAGACGCCGCCCCGCCACAUCCCCGGCGUGGUGGAGGUGACGCUCUCCUACAAGUCGAAGCAGUUCUGCAAGGGAGCGCCCGGCCGCUUCGUCUACACAGCACUGAACGAGCCAACCAUCGACUACGGGUUCCAGCGGCUGCAGAAGGUGAUCCCCCGGCACCCCGGAGACCCCGAGCGCUUACCCAAGGAAGUCUUGCUGAAGAGGGCAGCAGACCUGGUGGAGGCCCUGUACGGGAUGCCGCACAAUAACCAGGACAUCAUCCUGAAGCGAGCAGCAGACAUCGCCGAGGCCCUGUACAGCGUCCCGCGCACCCCCAGCCAGCUGUCCUCGCUGGCCGGGAACCACGCCCACGCGGGCAUGAUGGGCGUCAACUCCUUCGGGAGCCAGCUGGCCAUCAACAUCAGCGACUCGGCCCCGGGCACCGAGCAAGGUGUGUGCGGGGGCGGGAGCCUGGUCAGACCAGACCGGCCCUUGGUGCCACCAGCUGGUCCCUGGGGAGCAGGCUACGCCCGCAACACGAGCAGCGUCUCGCCGCGGGGCUACGUGCCCAGCUCCACCCCGCAGCAGACCGGCUACAACACCAUCACGUCCAGCAUGAACGCCUACGGGGGGGCGGCCAUGACCGGCCUCGGGGUGCCCGGCUCCCCCAGCUUCCUCAACGGCUCCACCGCCAACUCCCCCUACGCCAUCAUGCCCUCCAGCCCCCCGCUGGGCGCGUCCUCCAUCACCCUCCCGUCCGGCGCCAGCUCCUCCACCCCCGCCGGCGUCUUCUCCUUCUCCCCAGUCAACAUGAUCUCCGCCGUCAAGCAGAAGAGCGCCUUCGCCCCCGUGGUGCGGCCGCCCACCUCCCCCACCCCCACCUGCACCAGCACCAACGGGAACAGCCUGCAGGACCAGUCUUUCGAGGACUCCGACAAGUUUCACCCCCCUGCUCGGUCGCUCCAAGGACUGGCCUAUUCCUAGACACGCCACGUCGGGUCUCAUCGUGCUGCCCAUGUGACCCGGGACUGGACCAGGACCCCGGAGGGAGCAGACCAUGCACGGGGACCGAACCUCACCAUUGACUCUGGGGCCCCCCAGGGACUGUGGGGGGCUCGUGCCCACAGGCCCCCCCGCUCCAGUGGUGAUUCGGUGGGAAGCCAGGCUGCAGCCAGAGGGGAAGCCGUGCCCUCUAGCCAGGGGCAGUUCUCCUGCCAAGCUCCUGCCAGGGCCUGGCGGCAUGGACAGGCUGGGUCCCUCCACGGGGUAGUGCAAAGGGAUGGGGGCUGGCUGGGGGCAGGGGUCUCUCACUCUGACUGCACCUCCCGCUCCUUCUUUCGGGGGGCUCCCCCGGGCUGCCCCAGCCUGGCACAGGAAUGCCGCUCCUGGCCGCCCCAGGUGGUGAGCUCCCGGUAACACCCCCCGAGCAGCGCUAGGCUAGGUGUGGGGCACUGCCGUGGGGGGAAGGGCCCCUCCUGGGGAGCUCUCCCCCAUGGCUCUGCCCUGGGGCUUGAGAAGGGAGCUCAGAGAGGGCAGCUGCCCGAGCACAGGCUCUGGGGCCAGGACUCUUGGGUUCUGAUCCCGGCUCCGCCCGACUCCCCCUGUAGCCUUGGCAACCGGCUGCCCCUCUUUGGCCCCAUCUGGAAAGGGGGCUGGCAGGGGGCCGAGGGUGACUUAGUGACUGGGCCGGAUUCUGGUCUUUGGAGUGCUGGCACCACCACGGGCCAGGCCACGGGCUGACCAGAGCCUGGCCCAGCUCACUCGCUCUGUGGGGGGGCACUGGGGCGACCGCAGGCCGCUGGCGACGUGUCCUGCGCCCCACAGCAUCCGAACUAACUGCCCAGAGUCCGGGGAGGCCCAGAGACCUGGGGGUGGGAACUGACCAUUCCCACAUUAACCAAACUUUAUUAUUUUAACGUCAAAACCCCAAACCCCAGCUCAGGGGCCGGGCUGGAGUUUGUGGGCAGAGGCUCAGGGCAAUUCGUGCCUUUUCCAACCCCCCCGGGCAUGCCCCGUCUCCUACGCGCUGGGCAAACCCUGGGGAGAGUCGCUCCCGGCACGCCCGCUUUGUUUCCCUCCUGCCUGGCCACGCAUCUCUGGAAGGGUCACCUGAGCGGGGGCCAGGAGCCGGGCAGCCAGCCGAGACGCCGGGGCAACGCAAGAGGGGCUCACGGCACCAGAACCUGCCCCGGCACAGCCCAGAGCCCGCAGCGGUCAGAGCCCGGCCCUAGAACCGCAGCUGCCGGGGUUGGCCGCGCCGGCCCCAGCCCCUCGUGCCUCCCUUCCCAGCUGCCCACCCACAGAUCCCCCACAGGCUGCUUGCUGGGACCGCGGCAGCCGGCACCGGAGCAGCCUCAUUAGCCCAGGCCGGGUAGUUUGGUGUGGAGCUCGGCCAGGUCUGGCUGGGCCCAGCCCUGCGAGCCGAGGAGGAACCGGAGCCCAGGCCAGCUGCUGGUUUGCUCUCCCAGGGCCGCCUCCAAUGCCCCCUGGAGUCCCUGAGCCCCCUGGGCUGGGGGUCCAGCCUCUGCCCUUCCCCGGGCCCGGGGCAGGAGUUAGCAAAGCGUGAGAGGCUCAGGCCGGCUCCAGCAAAAGGCAGCGCCCUUGGUGGAGCGCACGGCCCUGCCGCGCUGGGAGAAACGCUGUGUGUAAAGCCGGCGUUGGCCUUUUCCUUUCGGCUCCAUUUUAACCCUGCAGAGCCAGGCCUGAGCCGCGGCCCUUGGGCCCAGAUGCCGAGCCGGAGCUGCCGGCUUGGAGGUGUAAUAAAUCCCCCCAGCCCCACCCCUGGGAUGUAGUACCGGGAAAGGGGGCAGGAGGGGUUUCGGGCUCCUUCGCCCCAGGCGGCAGCAAGGGGCCCAGAUUGUGUCAAUAAGGGAAAGGGAAGGCCCUGGUGCUGGCUGGGCCCCCGGCUUCUCCGUGUUUCUCUGGCUGCCGGGCAGGUGCCUCCCCCACGUUGACUUUUUUACUCUGUCUGUCGUCGUCUGUGAAGCCUGUACAGGAGCCCUGGCGCUACCUUCAUGCACUGUGUAAAUGUAAGCACAUGUAAAGCGAAUAUUAGCCUCCUUAUCCACCCGCUAGGCGCUGGGGCCUAGAAUAUACUGCCCGACGCUGCCUUC